AUGGAGACCCCCGCCGCGCUGUCUACAGCUACGGACACUGCCGCGAACAGCUCUAGCAAAGGAUCUACUUUGAUCGGAGCUGUGCCCACUGUACCGACCGUCAAGACGCCGCUGGAACGACUCACGGAGGCAGUGGACGCGAACCCGCUGGACUUUAACUCGUGGGUCAGUCUACUGACGCUCGUACAGAGUGAGGCGGAGACCUCCCGUGAGACGGUGGAGUCCAUGUACGAUCGCUUCUUAACAGAGUUCCCGCUGUGCUUUGGCUACUGGAACAAGUUUGCACUGUACGAGCACGGACUUUGCAGUAAAAUCACCGAGGACGGCGUCACGACUGUCGCGACGCCAGAAGAAGCGAAACAAAAGGCGCGCGAGGUGUACGAACGAGGCGUCGUGGCAGUCCGGUACAGCGUGGACAUGUGGAUGAAGUACUGUGAGUUUCUUAUCCACAAGCUGCACAGCCCCGUAGACGAAACGCGACCAGUGCUGAAGCGAGCAGUGGAGGCGUGCGGAGCUGAUCCCAUGGCUGGUCCGUUGUGGGAGCUGUACAUCCAGCUGGAGACAGUGAAUAAUGACAUGCCCCGUCUGAACCAAGUCUUCAAGUCGAUUAUGCACCAGCCGCUGCGCAAUCUUGAGGAAUUCUGGGAAAAAUACAACCAGUUUGUGCUCGCCCAGCAAUUGAAUGUUCUGGCGACGCCUGAAGAGCUGAAGGCACUCGUCGACAGUGGCGAAGAGCUCAUGGACGAAGGACUGCUGCGCGUCAAGAUUGUAAAUGUUGUGGAGGCAGUGAAGAACAAGACGAUGGAGGAUAUCUACCGUCGACAGGCGUUCGAAGCCGGAAUCGAUCGAAGUUACUUUCACGUAACCCCAGUGGCUGAGUCUGCGAUGAAGAAUUGGCACAGUUAUUUGGACUUUGAAGAAGCUUCUGGUAAUGAUGCGCGCUGCCAGACUCUGUAUGAGCGCUGCCUCAUUUCUUGCGCAAAUUACGAAGAAAUCUGGCUGCGUUACGUUCAGUGGAACGAAAAGAUACAUGGAUUUGAAAGCGCUGACGCAGUGUUCCAACGCGCCGUGACGAUCUUCCUCAAGUAUCGCGCGAGUACACAUUUAGAGUACGCUUCUUUCUUGGAGGCCCACAACAAGCUGCAAGAAGCUCAAGAUGUGUACAUGAAGGUUCUGUCCGAUGUGGCCCCGAAGCUUGUAGAGGCAUUCUUGCGCUACUGUAACUUUGAACGAAGACGGGGAGAUGUCGAGACGGCUAAAACUUGGUUUGAGCGUGGAAUGGAUGCAGUCGAGAACGAGGCAGAGGCGUAUGCGUAUGUGGCUACUUCGUACGCCACGUUCCUCCAGAAGAGUGUUGGCGAUGCAGCAUCGGCUCGUGCAGUGUUCGAUCGCGCGGUGCAGAAGCACGACGGGUCGGUACUGCUUUGGCUGAAUUUCAUUCACUUCGAGAUCAACGCGGGUGGCACUAGUUCAGAUCUCGUGCCCCGGGUCACCCGUGUUUACGAGCUUGCACUUGUGAAUAGUUGCAGUCUCUCGGUGAACGAGAAAAAUGACUUGUGGUUCCUAUAUGCAGAAUUCCUCGAAAAUUUUGGCGACAACGUUGCUCAAGUGCGCGAUUUGCGCAGCAGGGAGAUGGCGUGGAAGCUGCAGAAUGCUCAGUCCCGUAACCGCACGAUUAAGGUGCUUGACUUCCAGCCCGGAAAGGGCAGCAAUGGGUACAACUCGCACCUAGACCCAGGGAUGAAGCGUCCUCGUUAUACAGCCCCGCAACCUCCAGUGGUCCUUUCUACCCCUGUGGCAGCAACGACACCCACCGCAGCAAUAAUGACAACACCGGUUGCGGCGUACUACCAAGGCUAUCAGGGAUAUGGAGCUCCGGUUCAGGCGUUCUCCCAAGCCAACCCCGCGGUUCCUGCGUGUCAACCGGCCUACACGCAGGCGCAAUACUCCAGCUACUACCAACAGUAG